AUGUCGAAAUUAUUUGUGAUCUUGGUAUUUUUUGAUUUUGUGAUUUUUGGAAAUUUCGAAAUAAUUAGCGCAGUGAAUAAAAAGAAUCUUCUGCAAGUUAAGACUGAGAAUGGGGUACUUCAAGGCAAAAUGAACUAUGGAAAGAAUAACGAAAGUACAUUUUAUUCUUACCAGGGAAUACCUUUUGGCAAACCACCCAUAGAGGACCUAAGAUUUAGGGCCCCCAAACCCUAUGGAAAUUGGUCCGGCAUACUGGAUGCCACCAAGGAACAAUCAGGUUGCGUUGAAGUGCUCAUUAGAAACUAUACCAAAGUCCAGGGGAUGGAAGAUUGCUUAUUUCUUAAUAUAUUUACACCUGAAAACCCAAAUAAAGUCAAAAAAUUGCUGCCGGUGUUUUUCUGGAUAUACGGUGGGGCUUACUUGGAGGGUAACACCCAUUUCGAUCGCUGGGGACCGGAUAUUUUGCUGAAGGAAGAUAUUAUAGUGGUGACAUCGAACUAUAGGAUAGGUGUAUUUGGGUUUCUCAGCACAAACAACAUGGAUUCGCCUGGUAACUAUGGUUUGAAGGACCAAAACCUAGCGCUACAAUGGGUUAACAAUAAUAUAAAGUACUUUGGGGGUGAUCCUAACAACAUAACACUAGCAGGACAGAGUGCAGGCUCUGCUUCCGUGUUAUACCACGUACAAUCAAAGCUGAGUAGAGGUUUAUUCCAUAAGGCUAUAGCACAGAGUGGUAGUUCUUUAUGUGCAUGGUCAUUGCAGAUAGAUCCUUUGGAGAUUACUUAUCAGAUAGCGUAUGCUUUAGGAAUGAACACUAAGAAUACAACAGAAAUAGUGGCGAGAUUGAGGAAAGCUACAGUUGGUGAAAUUACUGGUGCGCAACAAAUGACAACUAUAUUGAAUUUCAUAGAGUUCAGAAAAAUUGGUCUAGCAUACAGCCCAACUUUGGAACCAAAUCAUCCAAAUGCCUUUUUAACUAAAUAUAGUUAUGAAGCUUUGAGAUCUGGUGAUUUUAAUCGAGUUCCUGUUUUAUUGGGCACUACAUCACAGGAGAGUCUUCUUUUUAAACAAUUUAUGAGUUUACUGCGACCAGCCGUGAGUUUAUUAUACGAUUCAAGUCCUGGUAUGAUGGCAAUGCCUAAUCUUAACACCGACUCCUUGGCCAAAAAUAGACAAUUUGGUCUUGAAGUUAUGAGGAGGUACUUCAAGCAAGGGCAAUUAUCACAGAGUACUUUCGACCAAUACGCAAACUUUGUAACGGACGAUGCAUUUCUUAGACCCAUCCGCAAAACCAUGCAACUAUUAUCAAAAUUUGUUCCUGUAUAUUUCUAUGUUUUCACAUACGAAGGGAAGUACAUUGCUGAAGGGUUGGAAGGUUUUAAAACCAGAGGUGCAUUAGAUAAAGGUGUUUCUCAUUCAGAAGAUUUGUGGUAUAUGUGGUCCCACAAAAACCUACCAGAGAAGAAGGGUGAUGAUUUAGUGAUGAGCAAACGUUUGACAAGAAUGUGGGGAAAUUUUGUCAAAUACAGUAAUCCUACCCCAUUUGAAGAACCUUUGUUAAAUAAUACAAUAUGGCCGCUGGCGCAGCCAAAUAACCUUGUACAACUAAACAUAAACUUAGAUUUAACCAUUGAGACUGACUAUAGAAAUGAUUACGUACGAUUCUGGGAGUAUGUGUACAGGAAAUAUGGAAAAAGGCCGUUUAAAACCUACUAGGAUUAAAAUUAUUGUAGCAUAAGUGAAUAAAACCAAAGAAACUAAACGUAUUUAUUAACUCAAUAACUCAAUAUUUCCUGGAAUCGUAUUUUGGAGUGUACUCUGGAGGUCUGUAGAAGUUAUCCGACAAACUACCAACAAAAGGUUGCGUUAGGGGGUACGGCUGAUACCUGCCGUCACUUUGAAACUGCUGGCUGGGCGGGACGUUUUGGGGCCUCCACGGCGUUUCAAGGAAGUUAUUGGUCGACCACGGGGUCGUCGAAGGUCCUCUGGGGCCCGGAUUUCACAUCGCGGUGGCGUCUCUGGUUGUCCUGAAAGUUGUAUUGAGGUGGUGGUGAACGUUUACCUUUUUUGUCGUCGUAGUAGUGUCGUGACGGGUCGGCGGUUCGUUUACGGUUGUCGGUGAGUUUUGGAGGAGGCGGUGGGGAUCUCUCGGACCAUUUUUUCUUUUUCGGCGAUGCGCUUCUCGAUUUGUGCGCGUGCCUCGUUUCGGCCUCCUUGAUUUUCAUCUUUAAUACUCUCGCGCAACUUUCUCACGUCGUCCAGUUCUUUGUUGAUCAUGACGCGAUCUUCGACGCACUUUUUGAGUUCCAUGGAAGUUUUGCGUUCCAGAUCCUCCUUGUCCUUGUUGUGGCGCCUUCUUUCGUCGCGCAGCUGAUUCUGAAGGUCCUUCAGACUGAUUUCGAGUCGGUGAAUUUUGCCUUGCGCGCCCACAUAGCGCCUAUCGUUGUCCAAUAAUCUUCUUCGCAGACGAUCGACUUCGUUCUUGGUGCGCUGAUACUCGUACCUCCAAUCCACGUCGAUUUUUUUGGUUUCUUUUUUCGUAGGGUCUUUUUUAACUUUGGACUUGUCCGAUUUUUUAUCUUCAUCAUUUGAAGGUGCAUUGACGGUUUUAGAUGUAUCAGGGCGAUCCAUUGAUACUACGAUCUUCUUUCCUUCGAAAAGGGUUUCAUGUAAGGCUUCCAUACACUUCAAGGCGACCUCAUGGUUCUCCAUUGCGACAUAUCCAAAGAACGACUUCCCAUUGGUGACGAUUUUGGCCGUGUAACUUUACCAUGGCGGACUUACCAGCUUUUUUAAAGACGUCGCCUUAGUAUGACGACUGAUAUUCGACACCCAAACGUAGUUGAUAUGGGUUUUCGCUUUUGCCGCCUUAACAUCCUGAUUUUCUUCACUUUGCGGUGGAUUUUCUACAGCAACUUUGGCCUUGUCUUCAGGUAUUAUAUCCAAAUCUUCUUCAUGGGUUAUUAUUAA